AUGGAGUUGUUUAAAAAUCUGGUGCGAAGGAAACAAGUUGACUCUUCAAAUGGCGAAGCCGAGACUCGUCAUCCUCAACAACAACUCGCCAAAGCCUUGACCUUUCCUUAUUUGAUUGCAAUCGGUGUUGGAUCAACAAUAGGAGCAGGGGUUUAUAUACUUGUGGGAACAGUAGCGAGAGAGUAUUCAGGACCUGCUCUUGCGUUAUCCUUCCUUAUAGCUGGAAUUUCGGCUGCACUUUCGGCGUUUUGCUAUGCAGAACUCUCUAGUCGUUUUCCUUCAGCUGGGAGUGUCUAUCACUAUUCUUACAUUUUCAUUGGUGAAGGUGUUGCCUGGUUGAUUGGCUGGGCACUGAUUCUUGAAUACACAAUUGGUGGUUCAACGGUUGCUCGUGGCAUAGCUCCAAAUCUGUCAUUGCUUUUCGGCGGUGAAGAUAGUCUGCCUGCAAUAUUAUCUCGUCAUCAAAUCCCGGGACUUGAUGUUGUUGUUGACCCAUGUGCUGCUGUUCUAGUCUUCAUUGUAACAGCUCUCUUGUGCAUUGGAGUAAAGGAGAGCACAUUAGCUCAGGGGAUUGUAACAACAGCAAACGUCUUUGUUAUGCUAUUUGUGAUAGUAGUCGGUACUUAUCUGUGUUUCAAGACAGGUUGGCCUGGUUAUCAACUUCCAUCAGGUUAUUUUCCCUACGGAGUUAAUGGAAUGCUUUCUGGAUCUGCUACUGUCUUCUUCGCCUACAUCGGGUUUGAUUCAGUUGCAAGUAUGGCAGAAGAGGUGAAAAAUCCGCAGCGGGACUUACCGCUCGGUAUUGGUCUUUCGCUCCUGCUUUGUUGCUUGCUAUACAUGAUGGUGUCUAUUGUAAUUGUUGGUUUAGUGCCUUAUUAUGCUAUGGAUCCUGACACUCCAAUAUCCUCUGCAUUUGCUGGUCAUGGAAUCCAAUGGGCUGCGUAUUUAAUAACUCUAGGUGCUGUCAUGGCUCUCUGUUCUGUUUUAUUGGGCUCUCUUCUUCCUCAGCCACGGAUUCUGAUGACAAUGGCGAGGGAUGGUUUGUUGCCUUCAGUUUUCUCAGACGUGAGUGAACGUACAAAGGUCCCUGUUAAAGGGACCAUAGCAACUGGUCUUUGUGCGGCACUCUUAGCUUUCUUUAUGGAUGUUUCACAACUGGCGGGAAUGGUGAGUGUCGGGACGCUUCUUGCGUUUACAAUGGUUGCAGUGUCACUGUUGAUACUCAGAUAUGUUCCUCCAGAUGAGGUACCUAUUCUCUCGUCCGGUCACGUUGGCACUUCCAGUAGUAUCAAACAACCUUUAAUUAGCAAAACUGAUGCUUCAGUUGUGGAGAAAAAAGAAGCUCAAGGGGGUUGGGUUUUCAAAAACAAAAAGAGAAGGAAACUCGCUAGUUGGAGCAUUAUAUCCACUUGUGUUGGGAACUUCAUUAUAAGCUAUGCAGCUUCUUCAAGCUUGCCCUUACCAGGGUUUGUCCAGUAUUCAAUAUGUGGUGUUGGUGGAUUGCUCCUUCUUGUUGGUUUGAUUGUGCUAAGUUGCAUAGAUCAGGAUGAUGCUAGACACAGUUUCGGGCAAUCAGGAGGCUUCGUUUGCCCGUGUGUUCCGCUUCUGCCUGUUCUCUGCAUUCUUAUAAACAUGUAUCUCUUGAUAAACUUGGGAGCUGGAACUUGGGGUCGUGUAUCGGUCUGGAUGUUCAUCGGAGUGCUUAUUUACCUGUUCUACGGGAGAAGAAACAGCACUCUAGUGGGUGCAGUUUACGUCCCCGUUGCUCAAAAAGGCGAGAUUAGUGGCGCUUCUGGAAAUUCUUUGGCUUAA